UCCCGGGCAACGCGCGGAGCUCAGCUCUCCGCGUCUGACCUGAGAUUCACUCUGCGUCCGCGCCGGCGCCCGCCGACUGUCGUUCCGGAGUCGUUCUCGAGCAUGGUAGACUCGGACUCGGCUGCCCAGCAGUCCAGGCCCCCGGUCACAUGGAACCUGGGCUCGCCGUCCGGUUAUUCGGCUGCCGCUCAGGCGACCACCAGCUCCGACGCCAACCCGGCCUCGGCCUCCCGGCACGUUAGGUUCAGCAGCCAACCCGAAAUCAAAAUAGGGGCCCACCCGCAGAUCUGCUUCCUGCGGCCGCGGACCGUGCCGCGGCCGGUGCUCUUCAGCUUAAUGAAUUCCAGUGAAGCAGCGGUGAAAAAAUUUUUACCGAAGAGCAACUUAUCUCGGGUGAUUAUUCGUGACAACCUCAAUGCACAACGACGAACCUAUGAGAGGGAGAUAAGAGCUUCAGAAAGGACCAAGAGAAAGAUAAGCCACUUCUAUGACCACCUGAAGAAAAAGUUCAUGACAGACCAGCUCAGGAAGCUGGGCCGCUGGAGAAGGGAAUCCAUGAACAUCCAGCAGUACCUGGAUAGCAUCCGAGUGUGCAAGCUCUAGUUCAAACUCCAUUCUAGCAGGAGAAGCCAGCCACCCUAAUCAAGGCAGAAUGAUCUGCCCCUGGGCCACAAGGACACCAGGGUACAGGAGGAAGAGAGGUAGACACUAGGCAGCUGACACCAUCAUAGAACAAUAAACUGAGACCAGCGGAUAGUGGAGCACAAAACCCUUCAGCCACAGUAAUAUUCCUUGCCCUGCCCCAUCCCAUCUGUUCUGGUGGAUGUGCUCCUGACGGUCCCGUAGCUACCUGAUUGGGAGGAGGCUGAACCAAGCCGGC